AUGUACAGUAACCCAAAGGAUGGCAUGUGCGACACGUCGUGCGCUCAGUCGCACUUCUGCGCUGUCACACGGCUAGAGAACUCUGAAUACAGGAGCUGCCUGGAAGCAGCUGCUUCAGCCCUCUCCUCUUCGGCAGCUCCAGCUGUAGCCAUGAUCCUCCUCUUGAUCUUCUCCACUGCCUUCUACGUAGCAGUCACCUAA